AUGGGGCGUGGGACCCUGAGGCCACGUGGCGAUUUAACCACAGUAUCUUCGGCCGUGUCUUUUACGGCCUUCGGCUUCGGCCUACAAUACUGCGGUCGCGAGGCCGAGAGGAUUCUGCCUUUGCAGCUUUUCUUUUGUUUUCAGGAAGGCGAAAUGCCUAACAAAACGGUAGGUGCCAGGACCGAGAGGAAGUCCAUUCAAUCAGUUUAUGACCGUGAUUUAUUAGGCACAAACAUUGCCCCCACAUCCUUGGAUUCUUCAGUCGCGGCCUGGGUAAAGGCUGAAUGGAUUCCAAGGGGUGGACCCUUUGCAUUCCUCCUGAAGUGA